AUGUCUUCUGCUGCUGCUGCCGCUCCUGCUCGUAUCAACGCACUUAGCAGUCAUGUUCACGCCAUGGCCAUGGCUAAUAACAAUGUCCGCGAUACUCCUCCACUUUCAUCUCCAACCGAGCCUGCCCAUUCUACUCGACCGGCACCACCCUCAUCAAACCUCCCUUUGUCUGCACACUGUACCAUCACGUAUACAGCAACUCGACCAUCGCUUGUCCGCAUCCGACUCGCGGCCGGUAAAGACGAUCAGUUCCCACCUAUACUACAAGCUGGCCUCACAUCCUCCUGCAUGUCUCUCGUCACCAGCCCCGCUACCCCCUUUGCGUCUGCUCAUGGCCACUUCCCUUCCCAAUCAAGCCCCCGGCAUGUGGCUUGCCGACUCCGCUGA